AUGCUUAAGCUACCUAAAGGACUAAAGAAGAAAAAGAAAGGCAAAAAGUCCAAGAAAGAUCAGGAACUGUUUACCGAGGAGGAGCUCGAGCAGUACCGUCGGGAGCAUCAGAAUCACUCGGCGCUCAACUCGGCGGCACCAUCGGACAGCGAGGACCAGCCGGGCGGUAGCGAAAAGUCCGAAAACAACGAGGAAUGGUCGAAGUUUGCAGCACUCACCAGUGGCAUUGAUUCGGUGCUAAAGAAAACCCAGGGCGAUCUAGACCGUAUCAAGAGCACCUCGUUCUUCCAGAAGGUUCCGACCAAGGUAGAGCAGGAGGCACGAGAGCGCGAAGAGCGCGAACGACGCGAACAGGAGGAACGCGAACGGGCAGCUGAAGCGGCGAAGGUCCAGGAGGAACAACGGGCAGCUGAAGAGCUUAUAAACGCGGUUGUUGAGCUUUCCGAAUCGGAACCGAACUCGGAAGCCGAAGAAGAUAUAUUCGAUACUGGAUAUAUCGAUGCGAUAGCAAGUGGUGAGUUACCGAUCGCAUACGUCCCAGAGUCGCCUGUACUUGAAUCGUUCGAAGGUGAAGACCCGUUCGACACAUCGUACGCGGAAAAGCUUAUCAAAGGUCCGGAAGUUUCGAAGCGAGGCAAGAAAAUCGUUAAUAUCGGAUCGGCCGUUGAGGUACUAACUGGACGGGUUGAGAGUGUUGGUACUGGAUCGACCAAGGGUAAUCGACAGAGACGUGGUAUACAGAAUCUACUGCUCGCAAGCUUUGACGAGAGUGAGCAGCAGGGACGAAACGGGGCCGAGUUAAGAUUUGGUGGUGAAGGUAAGCCUGCGGAACAGCUGCAAAUAGAACAACCGCAGGCGUUUAGUUUGUUGGAUGAUUCGGCAGAUUUACCGGCGGAUGUUCCAAUCGAUCUGAGUGUAUCGCUGCAUCUGACGCUUCAAAAGCAGUAUCAAGAGCAACAGCAGGAAGAGGGUGGAAUCCACCAAGAGGCAACCGCCGACACCGGUGUCGAAACAGAGCUCAAUUUAGACGAGUUUGACGAUCUCAAAAAACGUACACCUGUUAUUUCUGGUGUCGAGUUUGAGCUACUGAUUGGAGACUCUGGUUCCAAGGAAAAGGCUCCAGCUAACGCAGACCUACCGGUAGUUGAUCUAGACGAGUUUGAGGACGCUCCCGUAAACGACCCGUUCGAUACUGGGUUUGUUGAGCGGAUUCUACCAGCCACGACCGUUGAGGACGACGAGUUUGAUCCCCGUGCUGAAGAACCAGAAGUACCCGUGGACGACUUUGAUUUUGAUCCACGCGCUGCCGAACCGGAGGAGAAGCGCCUCAGUUCACCGGAUCUAUUUUCCGUCGAUCAAACCAACUUGCUGCAGGCCGCGUACGAAGCUAGUACGCUCGCCAAGGAUCUUCUGUCCGGCAGCAGUUCGGAUCUAGCGGGUAUAGCCCACGCACCGCUUGAGUGUACGGCGGGUGGAGUGCGAACAGCAUCGACUUCGUUGACAGCGGAUCCAUUCGACACCUCCGACGUUGAAUUUAUUGUAGCACCUGGCAAGACCGAACUAAAGUUUCUCGAGGAGGAACUCCUCACGGAUCGCGGCCCAGGUCUAAACCAUUCGCUCAGUGAUCCCAACUUCGAUCCGCGUGCCGGAGGCGAGAAGGAGCAUCAUACCACCCAACAGGAAGAGCAGCGUACUGAGGAAGACUUCCAAUCGCUCGCCCAGCGCAAAUCAUCACUUAGUCUGCACAUCGGCAACGGUGGUCCAGUAGGGGGUGGUGCUAAUCGUAGCAAAUCAGUAGUAUUUGCCGUACCAACUCCGGAUCUGCUCAAGCUCGACGGUGAACAGGCAAUCGCGAAGAAACCCCUAACGCCGUAUUACAAUCGUGAACCGUCUCUUCCGGACGUAGACGCUGAUCCGUUCGACACGUCGUUUGUGCCAUCGGUGGCACCAACACAGCUCGAGCUUAGCUUACUGGAGAAAGAACUAAACAGUGCAUCGCUACACCAUAGCCUGUCCGAUCCGGAGUUUGAUCCGCGGGCAGAAUCUCCUACCGCACCCCCGCCCAGCACCCGUUCGGAUCUGCUCGGUGUGAGUGAGCAGGAACAUCUGCAGAAGGUGCUAACGCCCGCACGUGGUGGUGCAUCAAUUGAGGCGGAUCCGUUCGACACAUCCAUUGCGGUAAACUUGCAGCCGGGCCGGGCCGAGCUGAAGUUACUGGAGGAAGAGCUCAUACCGCCAGUUGCCAAGGACAGUAGUGUCGUGUCGGACAUCUUGUCGGACGUUGCUCCGGAAGCUAGUUCAGUGUUUGUGAAGGUGCUAACACCGCAGGCCAGUAACAGUUCCAUCGAUCUGGGUGGUGGUAUCGGUGGUGCUGAGCCGGAGGAGAUCGAUCCGUUCGAUACGUCGUUCGUGCCAAGUUUAGGACCGGGACGGGCUGAAAUUAAGCUGCUCGAAAGUGAGCUCAUUGAUCAGUAA